CCUAAACCACGUCACAUCAGUUGAACAUUGCUGUGCGCCCUUCUGGCGCAUCUCGAAGGCCGAACGAGCCACGUUCCCAUUCCAUUGUAUUCUGAGACAUUCGAAUUCCAUGCAUCUCUAAAGACCGCAAAGGGACCUUCACAGAUGGAGGUCCCUGCCCCAUCAGGUCACCGACAACGAGCAGGUCCUCACUGUCGCUGUAGCCAGAUGAAGGGACACAUAACAACACCAACGACGAACAACACAUGACUUGAAACCACCACCACACCCAACCGCUUCACUGGCACCGAACAAGACCGUUUGGAGCUCAAUUGCACCAACUGAUCUUUGGAUGAUCCCCUGCCUAGUGCACCUGCCCACAUUGGCCUAGCGACUUCCUACUCACCUGCACCAUGUCCAUGUUUCGUAGACCUGGAGACUCCUCGUCAUCGUCCUCAGAGGCCUCCUAUGAUCAAAAGGAAGAUGCCGAGCAAGCGGUAACAUGGCAACAUGGCUCAGUCUCCCGCGUCAAUACGUUAGAGCCAGAUGCGUCUGAAAGACCCAUCAACGCACAACGGCCGUCCCUGGACACACGAGGAUUCUCGACCCAGGACAUACAGGCUUUGACAUUCCACGCGAUGCUCGAACAGAAUGCCAUCACAACAGCGGCAGCACGUUUGCACGUAGAGCCCACCGAUGCAGAGGCACAGAGACAAGGCAAAGAAGCAUACCAAGAAAUUGCUCGCCAGCUCCCGAACGGAAUGGACACUAGAUACGCCAACGAUGAGUUUCGUGCUCUCCGCACGCAGAUGCAAGAACGCCUCCACCAGACUACCAUCGCGCAUUUGCAGGCGAUUGAAGAGGGGCCCGGGAUUACGCAGUCUCUAGUCAGGCGUCACAGGAACGGACGCGCUGUAGGUACUCAGCCACCUCUGGCUGAUAUACAGACACGGUCAGACCUGCCUGCUCCAGCUCCGUGGUUCGCAGACUUCCAGAACGAUCGCUACGCGCGGGACUUCUCCGAGCUUGAGAUGGUUGGGAAAGGAGGCUACGGGAAAGUGUUCAAGGUCAAGCACAAACUCGACGGCCAUUUCUACGCGGUCAAGCGCAUCAUAGUGCCGCAGGCCAAGCUAGCGAAAGGGCCUGAUGAACUGAACAGUAUACUGGAAGAGGUACGGUCUUUGGCCACAUUCGAUCAUGCAAACAUCGUUCGCUACCACAAUGCCUGGCUGGAGUACACGGCAAUGCCUACAGAAACGCAAUCGACGUCUACCACAACUAUGCUGCCUAACAAUCGACUGCUCGAAGAUGCGGCGAAGUUUGCCUCCAGCCCCUCCGAUGUGGGCUCCCUGGAUUCGAAAUUCGACGGCAUCGACUUUGGCGAGCCGUCGGCCGACUACGACGCAGGCAUCGUAUUUGAAGCCAGCGAUGCAGAAGCCGCCGACGAUUCCGGGCGCAGCACGCACCGUCUUUCACUGCGCGAGCAGCUGAGCGUCAAGCGCAGGAACCGACGCACCAGCCAGGCCAGCCAAGCGACCAUCGCCACCAUCUCGUCGACAAGGUCUCGCAUGAGCGCCGUCGAGGAUGUGUCCGAGGACUCUGACGACGACGAGAUCGAGAUGAUUCAGCGGCGGCACCGGCCCUCUUCGCAGGAAGCGACCACGGAGCUAUCCGACAGCAUGGUCUCGUACAGCGACAUGCCGGAGCGAGCGCUGAUGCGCACCCGCAGCGCCGGCCCAGCUCUGACGCUAAACGUGCAGAUGUCGCUCUACGAGUCGAACCUCGCUGCCUUCCUAUCGCCAGAGCGGGCGUCGUGCUCCUCCAGCACGCCAGCCCUCGCGCACUGCUUCCACGCCUGCGUCUCGCUCGAGCUUCUGGGCAGCAUCGCCGCGGGCGUCGAGUACCUGCACAGCCAGGGCGUGGUGCACCGCGACCUCAAGCCCGCCAACGUCUUCCUCGCGCUCUCGACCGCUCGCCGCGCGCCCUACGGCUCCGUCGACCUUUCCACCUGCAAGCCCUGCCCGGAGCGCGGGAGCGUGCACGUCGUGCCGCGCAUCGGCGACUUCGGGCUCGUCGCUGCGCUGGACGACCGGUGCGCGCCCGCCGCGGCGAGGCCGGUGGGGACCGAGUUGUACCGGCCUGCGACGCGCGGACGCAACAGCGACAAGCUGGAUGUGUUCGCGCUCGGCGUCAUGGCGGUGGAGAUGCUGUGUCGGUUCGGGACGAGCAUGGAGCGCGGGGCUGCGCUGUCGCGGCUCAAGACGGGCGCGUUUCCCGAGGGGUUCGCGCUGAGGCUGGGAGUGUGGGGGGACCGGAUCCAGCAGCUCGUCGGCGCCAUGGUGCUUGCGGAUGAAGAGGCGCGUAUGGGCUGCGAGGAGGCGCGGAGUGAGAUUGCGGGGCUGGUGAAGGCGUUGAGGGGGGAUGAGGAUGGAUGUUUAUGAUGAGGGGCAGAGAUGCUGACGAGGAUGCCAAUACCAAUACCGAUACCGAUGCCAAUAUCAAUACCGAUACCAAUACCGAUACCAAUACCGAUACCAAUACUGAUACCAAUACCAAUACCAAUACCGAUACCAAUACCAACACCGA